ACCCCUCUUGCACCCUGUGCCCCACGGCCAGUUGCCCAUGUGGGGUUUUUAAUAAGGUGGAUGCAGGAGUUGGUCUUGCUCUCUUCUGGGUGACGCGGAUUGGAAGGGGUUCUCCAUACUUUCACCAAACUAUUUUGUUUUUUUCCCCCCCCUUUCCCUUUGUUUACUUUCUGAAACUACACUUACAUCUACAUUAUCUCAGAGAGGAGCCAUGAAGUGGACCUGGGUGCUUGUGGCGGUUCUGCUGUCCUUUGGGGGGCUAUCAUUGGGCAAGGACUGCUUGGACUUCCCAGAGUACGAUGGCAAGGACCGCGUCCAUGACCUCAACGCCAAGAACUAUAAGUCUGUGAUGAAGAAGUACGAUGUCAUGGUGGUGUACUACCAUGACCAUCCUGGAUCCAGCCGCGUCGCCCAGAGACAGUUUGAUAUUGAAGAGUUGGCCCUUGAGGUGGGUUGAGAUGGGAACUAUGGC